AUGGUUACAGACCGUCACGUCUCCCACGGUUAUAAACGGUUACCAACGGUUACCAACGGUUACGGACCUUCAUCUCUCUCACGGUUACCGACCUACACGUUCCACAGGGUUACCGAUGGUUACCGACGGUUACCAACCUUCACGUCUCCCACGUCUCCCCCGGUUACCACGGUUACCGAACUCCACCUCUCUCACGGUUACCGACCUCCACCUCUCUCACGGUUACCGACCUCCACGUCUCUCACGGUUACCGACCUCCACCUCUCUCACGGUUACCGACCUCCACCUCUCUCACGGUUACCGACCUCCACGUCUCUCACGGUUACCGACCUUCACCUCUCUUACGGUUACCGACCUCCACCUCUCUCACGGUUACCGACCUCCACCUCUCUCACGGUUACCGACCUCCACCUCUCUCACGGUUACCGACCUUCACCUCUCUCAUGGUUACCGAACUCCACCUCUCUCACGGUUACCGACCUCCACGUCUCUCACGGUUACCGACCUUCACCUCUCUCAUGGUUACCGACCUCCACCUCUCUCACGGUUACUGACCUCCACCUCUCUCACGGUUACCGACCUCCACGUCUCUCACGGUUACCGACCUCCACCUCUCUCACGGUUACCGACCUCCACCUCUCUCACGGUUACCGACCUUCACCUCUCUCACGGUUACCGACCUCCACCUCUCUCACGGUUACUGACCUCCACCUCUCUCACGGUUACCGACCUCCACGUCUCUCACGGUUACCGACCUUCACCUCUCUCAUGGUUACCGACCUCCACCUCUCUCACGGUUACGGACCUUCAUCUCUCUCACGGUUACCGACCUUCACGUUCCACAGGGUUACCGAUGGUUACCGACGGUUACCAACCUUCACGUCUCCCACGUCUCCCCCGGUUACCACGGUUACCGAACUCCACCUCUCUCACGGUUACCGACCUCCACCUCUCUCACGGUUACCGACCUCCACGUCUCUCACGGUUACCGACCUUCACCUCUCUCACGGUUACCGACCUCCACCUCUCUCACGGUUACCGACCUCCACGUCUCUCACGGUUACCGACCUCCACCUCUCUCACGGUUACCGACCUCCACCUCUCUCACGGUUACCGACCUCCACCUCUCUCACGGUUACCGACCUCCACCUCUCUCACGGUUACCGACCUCCACCUCUCUCACGGUUACCGACCUCCACCUCUCUCACGGUUACCGACCUCCACGUCUCUCACGGUUACCGACCUUCACCUCUCUCACGGUUACCGACCUCCACGUCUCUCACGGUUACCGACCUUCACCUCUCUCACGGUUACCGACCUCCACGUCUCUCACGGUUACCGACCUCCACGUCUCUCACGGUUACCGACCUCCACCUCUCUCACGGUUACCGACCUCCACCUCUCUCACGGUUACCGACCUUCACCUCUCUCACGGUUACCGACCUCCACGUCUCUCACGGUUACCGACCUCCACGUCUCUCACGGUUACCGACCUCCACGUCUCUCACGGUUACCGACCUUCACCUCUCUCACGCUUCGGCGACGGUGUCGGCCGGCGAAGGCGAGGGCGAAGGCGAAGGCGGUGCUCCAACCAAACCCCGGUGCAGCCCGAGCCUCCGUGUAAACACUGGAGAGUGUUGUGCAGGCUCCGGCUGCCGGCUGACUAAUUGGAAGUGA